GAUACAUUUUAAUUAUAAUCUUUUACUCUUUCGCAUACAUAUAUAUGUUCAGUUUUCGCCCUCGCUUCGCAGUCUGUAAUUUGCAGGAUUCAGAAUGAAAGAUCUGAUCAUCACGUUCUCGUCCCUGUGGCUGAUCUCUCAUGCGGCUUCGGACGUGAUCUCAGACAUAAUGCUCAAUACCAUCCCCAUCUCUAUUUCCGAUGUGUUUGAAGGGACCGAUCAAAAGAACGACAAUUUCAAUACAUUACAAAUAAUACAAAGUCAGGGUUACCCGGCCGAGGCACACACUGUGACGACGGAGGAUGGUUACAUCUUGACGAUGCACCGUAUCCCUGGGAAACCAGGAUCCCCAGCAGUCUUUUUAGGAAACUGUUUAUUCGGUAGCUCUGCGGAUUUUCUCAUCGUUAACAAAAGCCAGUCGUUAGCUUUCAUGCUGGCCGACCAAGGUUACGAUGUGUGGUUCGGGAACUAUCGGGGGAACACUUAUUCGAGGGCUCACGUUAAUCUGACCACCAACGAUAGAAGAUUUUGGGACUUCAGUUGGCACGAAUCAGGCAUUUACGAUCUACCGGCGAUGAUCACUUAUAUCGUGGAAACGAAACAAAACUUGUUGAGGGCCUACAUCGGAUUCUCGUUGAGUACAACAACUUUCUUUGUCCUAUCUAGCGAGCGACCGGAGAUAGCACGACUGGUGCAAUCGGCGUACCACUUAGCCCCGAUUGCGUAUCUGAAAUAUCAGCAAUCUCCCGUACUCCGAUUUUUAGCCUCUAUCGAAGAAACCUUGAAGAAAUUAAUUGAUGACGUCUCACAUGGCGAGAUACUACAGAACGAUGUUCUUGUUAAGAUUUUAGCGAAAUACUUCUGUUAUUCCAAUACUCUGGAAGAAAAAUUUUGCUCUAAUCUGAUGUUCCUUGUGGUCGGAUUCGACAAUACGGAAUUUGAUUACCAAUUAAUGCCUAAGUUCUUGAACCACUUACCGGCCGGUGCAUCUAUCAAGCAACUCGUGCAUUACGGCCAGUUGAUUAACUCCGGAGACUUUAGACAAUACGACUACGGUAAAGACAAAAAUUUGAAGAUUUACAAUAGCAUCGAACCACCGAAGUAUAAUAUAUCGAGGAUCAUAACACCGAUCGCCAUGUUCUGGGGCGAGAACGACUGGCUUUCUGACCGUACAGACGUCAUGAGAUUCGUUAACGAGCUACCUAGUAAACCAAUUUUCUACAAAGUGCCACACAAGAAAUUUAAUCACCUUGACUUUUUGGUGGCUAGGGACGUUCGCAAACUGGUCUACGAUAAAUUAAUUGAUAUAUUAACUAACAAUCAGUUAAACUUACACUUAGAGACUUAAGCAAGUCUUAAACAUUAGAGUAAUUAAGAGGCUGUAUUUAUCUAAUGAAAAAUAUAAUGAGCAUCACAAACUCCCAUUCUAA